UGCCCUAUCAUACUGUUGAAGUGCUCUGCUGAGCUACCGAGGUGCGGAUAUGAUCCCGCCACCCGCGGAUUCCCAAUCCCAUAGCCACCAGAUACUCAACACGUGAUGUGCGAACCUAUUUGAACGCAUUUUCCCCAGUCAACUCUUUCUCUUUCAUUUUAUCUUCACCAUCUCACACGCCAACGCCACUAUUUACGUGUAUUUCUCAGAGAUAAUCGUCAAUGUCAUCCACUACAACCCGCAAGCGAAAUCCGACGCGCCUUCUGGUGCCGCCGCCAAGAAGACGAGGCUCAACCCUCACAGCCAAUAAAGUCACUGCUGGCAUCUUGACAGACUCGAAAAACUAUCCAGUUCCAGAGGAUCCUGAGGGUUCUUGCGCGGCUUUUGUAGAACUUGCUCAAUAUGCGCCAAGUUUGGAGGAGGAGAUCGCUGGAAGGAAGCCAAAGGAGCGUACGCCAAAGCAGGUGAACGCCGCAGCGGAGAAGCUCAAAUCAGCAGCGCGGAGUGGCAUCAAGAAGCAAGUGACCUGGAAAACGUCCUGUAAAACGGGGUCUUCAAAGUGGAUGUAUGAUGGAUGGCGUCUGCAACGACGGGGAAGUCGUUGGUGCCAUAAUUGGCUUGAGUGGCCCGCCUAACAUUCAAGAUGAAGAAGAUGACAGCAGAAGGGUUCCAGAAUAUCAUGGGUGAUAUUGAGAGAUCUGCACGGUUUGCAGUCCCAGGAGAACAGUUGCGGCCGCACAAGAUCUUUACGGGGCCAAGUUGAGAUAAAGACUGCUUCCCUGUUAUUGAAAGAUAAUCCG